AUGAAGUCGAGUCCUGGUCGUUUAAGGGGAAAGGUUGGAUGGACUGUCGAGAAUUUUGCCGAAAGGAUAUUUAUUUCGUCACCUCGUUUGUUUAGCUUUUCACAUCGAGUUUUAGGUAGCUUGCGACAUCCUUAUGUGGUUGUGGUUGUGGAUUUAUUAAAUUCUAAUUCUUGCGCAAAUAAAAAUCGUGUUGAAGAAUUUAUGGGAGCUUUUUUACAGUCUCGUGAAGAAGAAGAAAAAUGGGGUCGUGUCGCCUCUAUGUUUGAUUCUAAACUAACUGCUGAGGAGGUGGAUACACUUCGUAGGAAAGUCUCACUUAAUGCGGAUAUAAGAAUAUCUAUUGAGGCUUUAUGGAGUGGUUUGGGGGGUGUCUCUAAUGGGGUUGUAAAAGAGGAUGAUUACAACACUUUUCAUUUCAGAAUGUAUUCUUACCUGCUUGGAAUUGACAAUGUUAGCGCGAUAACAUCCACAUCUGCAUCUGUUUUGGAGGAUUUUAUUUAUGACAAAAGAGGUGGCAAUGGCGUUCCAUUUGGAUCUUUUGCAGUUUCCAUGCUGGAAUUAGCAGAUAAUUGGACGAGAACAAGAAAGCCUGAUGAUUACGUUCGUUUUCUAAAUGAUGUCCAUGAUAAUUGCCUUCCAAGGCCUCCGAAGCUACCGGCAAAACAUGAUAUUUCUCUGUCUUAUGAAAAACCUGUAUAUUUUUCUGGUGGUUUGGUGUGUCGAGUUGAUGAUGACGAUCAUGUUGAGUAUGUAAAAAAGAAGUUGCAUUAG